AUGGUCGAAGCUCGAGCCACCGGCAUCGUCAGCGUCGUCUCCAUUGACGCAGGCAAGAAAUCACAGUACGGAAAUGUUGUCUCGCCAGGUGUUCUCGCGCAGAACCAUCAACACAUCUUUGCUAUUCGAAUAGAUCCCGCGAUCGAUGGUGCAGAUAACACGGUUCUCACAGAAGAGUCUCAUCCUGUCCCAACAUCAGCCCAUAGAAAUCCCAAGGGCAAUUUCUACGAAGUCGUGCAGACUGAGAUCCAGAAAUCGCAAUGGCUUGAUGCCGCGCCACAACACAACAGAGUCAUCAAGAUGAUUAAUCCGAAUAAAAUUAAUCCUGUCAGUGGACACCCGGUGGGAUAUAAAUUCACUCCUAUGCCUACUCAGGUCUUGCUCGCCCAGCCGGAUUCGAUACAAUCCCGCCGUGCUCAGUUCGCAAAACAUCAUGUUUGGGUGACGAAAUACAAGGAUGGUGAGUUAUACGCUGGCGGAAGAUAUACGCUUCAAAGUCAAGAUGAGAUUGGCGGUGUCAGUGAUGCUGUGAAGAGGAGAGAUGAUGUGAAAAAUACGGAUGUGGUGGUUUGGAGUUGUUUUGGGCUGACGCAUAAUCCGAGAGUGGAGGACUGGCCUGUUAUGCCGGUGGAUAUCAUGCAGCUGCAUCUCAAGCCGGUGGAUUUCUUCACGGAGAAUCCCGGGCUCGAUGUUCCUUCGAACAGGAAUUUGACCAGUACGUUGGUCAAGGAGAGUAGCUGUUGUUCGAAGGAGGGCUCGAGGCUUUGA